CCAAUAUGGCUGACUUUGGUGAAGGUUUUGAAUUGUGUAAAAUACCGAAGGAAGCUGAACUUAUUGGCGUUGAAAGACAUUCUGAAGACAACCUUGUUAUUCUGACGUUUAAGAGUAAAGUUGUUGUGUACAAUAUCGCUGAUCGGAAAAUUGUGCAAAGUUGGUCAGUUGAAGCAAAGGAAAGAUUCACCUGCCCUGUAGUGCACCAUGAUGAGUCGUUCAAUGGAGUUAGAGAUGAUGAAUGGUUACUGGUAUGGGAUAACACCACAGCUGAACUGUGGCAAAGCAGUCAUGUUAUGCUUCGAAAACCACCAAAAAGAAUACAAGUUUGCUCGUCAAGAUUACCUGUGCUAAUAUAUCAUGACAACGAAGCUCUUCCUGUCCAAAAAGCUGGAAAAGAAACGAAAGGGAAAAAGACGAAGGAAAGGCUGCUUUGGUGCGGAAGUCAUGGGUUAAAAGACAAUGUUUGCUUUUCAAAAGUAACAGCUUCACAGGAUUGCACAAAAGUGUCAUUAGUAAUGGACUUGUUCAGCAAGUCAAAACAGCAAGUGUAUAAUGUUAAAGUCCCAGAGGUUAGUGAGGAAUCUAAAAUAUGUUCUUGGUCUUUGGUGGAUGAGGAUGGUGCAUCACCUUUUUUCGUUUCUCUUUGGUCAAAUGGUGGUCUUUACAAAACAGAAAUUCCAUCAAUAGACCAACCGGAAUCUGAAUUAUGUUGUGAACAUUUGUUUAAUGUUUGUGAAGGUCCUAUAGCAAGCUCUGAGGUUUUAAAGGUCCACCUUAGUUAUGUUGCCUUAUCUUUUAUAUGUGUUGCCACAGCAGACACCCUCAGCUUGUGGGAUACAAAAUUCAGAACAUGCCAUUCUCAGAAAGCUCUCGAUAGUUUCAUGAAAUCCUCAGCAUCAUCUGGUGUUUGUUACUUGCAAACAACUCCAAGUUACAUCAUUCUAGCAAAUUACUCGUGUGUGUUUGCAUGCAGUUAUACUGUGGAAAAAUCAACUCUAAAAAGCUCACUGGGAGUUUUACAACAAGGAAAUAAGAGAAUGAUGAAUAUUAAACCUCAGUUUCUCACCAUGCCUAAACUAAUUGAACCAAAUCAGUCAAUUGGAGGAUGGAUGAAUGAUGUGGAAAAAGAUGAUGAAAUAGAAAAUGAGAUCCUUUGUCAUUUACUGGAUUCAAAAAAGACAAAAACUGCCAAGAAACUUGCAUCAGAACUACGGAAGCAUUUAGAAAAACAGACCGCUAAAGAAUCGGAUGAUGAAAAGCCAACAGUCUCCGAGUAUUUCGUCACAGCUGUCUUUGAAAGGUGUAUGAAAGAGAAAGAUUUAUGGUCAACUGAAACUGGCAGACUAUUACUAAAGACACAUGUCUUACCUCAAAGGUGCAUCUCCACAUUUUUUUCCCUGGUUUUGGAGAAUAAUGACAUACAUCUUCUCCAAGAUUGUUUUCAACAUCUUAAUGGUAUUCCUGAAUUGACAUUAGUUGAGUGUUUAAAAUUUCUCUUAAGGUGUAAGGAAGAUAUUCUUCCAGCAUACGAAGAUGACGGAAAUUGGACACAAAUCAACUCACCAUGUAGUUUAUCACGAGCAAAAUAUAUAUCCCUUGUGCUUGCUCAUCCCAUCAAUGAUGCAUUUCUACAGAAUAGUCUUAGGAAAUUACAAUUUGAAGAAACGUUGCUUUUUAUGAAAUUUUUACUUCAUCUUAUGAAAUGCUGGUCUACCACUGUGCAAAAUUUACUACAUUUGGAAAGCUGCAACCAUAAACUGUCUUAUGCUCAGGUUCUAGACUGGGCUGCUCUGACACUCAACGCACAUUUCACAGAGUUAAUACUAAUUCCUGAAGCACAGACAUUAUUAGUCAAUCUUCAUAAAGUGGUUGCAGAACAGAUCACCACAUACAACCUGUUGGGUGAACUAGAUGGUUAUUUAAACCACUUCAAAGAACAUGAACCAUUACCGAAAAGCGAUCGUAUGUCUGCAUAUACCAUUGAGACCAUGGAUUUGUAAAUAACUGCUCUUUCUGAAUUGUACAUUUUCAAAUAAUUGAAAUAGU